GCUUCCGCCCGCACCAGUGAGCGGCGACGGCGGAGGCAGACGCGCUCCCGGCCCGCUCUGGUGGCCAUCCCGGCGGUGGUGGCCGUGCGGGGCGGGGAUCCCCGAGCACCGGCCGAGCGGGGCGACGGGGUGCCGAAGAUGCUGCGGUCGGUGUGGGCCUUCCUGAAGCGCCACAAAAAGAAGUGCGUCGUCCUGGGCGCCGUCCUGGGAGGAGUAUAUAUUUUGGGAAAAUAUGGACAGAAGAAAAUCAGAGAGCUACAAGAAAGGGAGGCUGCAGAAUACAUUGCCCAAGCACGGCGACAGUAUCAUUUCGAAAGCAACCAAAGGACUUGCAAUAUGACAGUGUUGUCCAUGCUUCCAACACUCAGAGAGACCUUAAUGCUGCAACUCAAUUCUGAGAGCCUCACGGCCCUGCUGAAAAACAGGCCUGCAAACAAGCUAGAAAUUUGGGAGGAUCUGAAGAUAAUAAGUUUUACAAGAAGUAUUGUAGCUGUAUAUAGUACGUGUAUGCUGGUUGUUCUUUUGCGAGUCCAGUUAAACAUAAUUGGUGGCUACAUUUACCUGGAUAAUGCGGCUGUUGGCAAAAAUGGCACAACAGUUCUUGCUCCUCCAGAUGUCCAGCAGCAAUAUUUAUCAAGUAUUCAACACCUUCUUGGAGAUGGCCUCACAGAACUGAUCUCUGUCACUAAACAAGCUGUGCAGAAGAUUUUAGGAAGUGUUUCUCUGAAACAUUCUUUGUCCCUUUUGGACUUAGAGCAAAAGCUAAAAGAAAUCAGAAAUCUCGUCGAGCAGCAUAAAACUUCUUGGAUUAAUAAAGAUGAAUCCAAAUCUUUAUUAUGUCAUUAUAUGAUGCCAGAUGAAGAAACACCAUUAGAAGUCCAGGCUUGUGGGCUUUCUCCUAGAGAUGUGACUACUAUUAAACUACUAAAUGAAACUAGAGACAUGUUGGAAAGCCCAGAUUUUAGUACUGUUUUAAAUACCUGUUUAAACCGGGGUUUUAGUAGACUGCUAGACAACAUGGCUGAAUUCUUUCGACCUACUGAACAAGACUUACAGCGAGGUGACUCCAUGAGCAGUCUUUCCAGCGUCAGCCUACCUUUAGCUAAGAUAAUCCCUAUAGUAAAUGGACAGAUCCAUUCCGUUUGCAGUGAAACGCCAAGUCAUUUUGUUCAGGAUCUGUUGAUGAUGGAACAAGUGAAAGACUUUGCUGCUAAUGUUUAUGAAGCUUUUAGCACUCCUCAACAACUAGAGAAAUGACCUUUUUCCUUCAAGAAAAACUACAGCGACAUUCAUUUACUUUUUAAAAUACCGAAUAAAUCAACUCUGUAGGGUAAUGAUCAUUAUGGAAAUGUCUAAUAAAAUAUAUUCUUAAUCAUUCAUUUCAUAAUAAAGCAGAUUUAUUGGCAUCUUAAGAUAUUUUUACAGUCAUCGAUAUAACUUGGUUUUGUGACAUAUUGGAACUUAUACCAUGUAGAUAUUUGAAUAUUAAUAAUUUGUUAUACCAUGGGUAAUAUAGUUCUAAGUUAACUAAAAGCUAAUGUAGAUACGUUUUUUAUAAAAUGGAAUGCAAUGUACUUUAAUAUUAAUAAUGAGGAAAAAUCUGUUUGGGAAAUAGGUAUAAUGUUUGGAAUAUAUUCUACUUGAUAAUUAAGUUCAUUGGACCUACAGUAAAUAGAAAUGAAUCAAACUUUCUCCAGCUACUCUUCAAAGGAUUAAAUUAUUUGACUUAAAUAUACAUUGAUGACAAAAAUUCAAUUUAUGGAAAUAGAUGCACUUAACAAACCAUGAUCAGUAAAUUUUUCUUUACUUAGAAAACUGAUUUAGAGGCUAAAAUUAUGUUGACGAUGUUUAUUCACAACUAUCAUUAACAAGUGGUUUCAUUUAUUUGUAAAUAA